UUUGAAACAGGAAAGAAAAUAAAGGAAAAAACAAACAAAAAUUUCCAUUGGUUCCAAAGAAACGUUUUGGUUUCCUCGUCAAUCACAACAACAACAUUGUCUCCUUCACAAUCUAAACACAUUCCAUUAUUGUUACACACAACAACAUUAGAAAAAAACAUAAAAAUUCAGUCUUGUGUUUGGUUUCAACAUUUUGAUUUGAUUUCCUACAUUGUUGUCAUUGUUUAAAAUUUUGUGGUGUAUUUAAUUUCUGGGUUUGAUGCAAAAUUGCAUUCUGCAACAUUAUUUUCAUAUGGCUUUCUUCAUUGAGGAAGAAAAAUCAAAUCUUUAUAAUUUCUGGGUUUGAUGCAGAAAUGCAUUCUGCAAAGCUAUUUUCAUCUGGGUUUCUUCAUUGAGAUAGAAAAAUCAAAUCUUUUUCAUUUGGGUAUUGAUGGAUGAAGGUGUUUGAAAAUUGUAGAUUUUCAAAGUGGAGACUUUCAAGAGAAUGAGUAGGGAGCUGAAUGGCAUUGUCAAAGCCUGGGAAUCAACAGUUAGGAAAUCAGCAACGGCAAAGAAAAGGGCAAACAGCAUUUUCAAACCAAUGUCUGUAGCCAAUGUAGAUGAUGAAGAUGACGACGACAAACAAUCGUCGUCAUCGUCUUCACAAGAGGUAAGUCAUGUUGAAAAGACUAUGCCUAAUGGUGAUUUUUACACAGGACAAUGGCUUGAUAAGUUUCCACAUGGUCAAGGUAAGUAUCUUUGGAUUGAUGGUUGUAUGUAUGUAGGUGAAUGGAUUCAAGGUUUUACAAUGGGGAAAGGUAGGUUUAGUUGGCCUAGUGGUGCUACAUAUGAAGGUGAAUUCAAGACUUUUUAUAUGCAUGGUAAAGGGACUUAUAUAGGUUCAUCUGGUGAUACAUAUAAAGGGAAUUGGGUUAUGAAUUUGAAAAAUGGGGAUGGUAAUGAGAGUUAUCCUAAUGGUGAUUUUUAUGAUGGUGAGUGGAAAAAGGGUGUGCAAAAUGGACAUGGUAGGUAUCAAUGGAAAAAUGGGAACCAUUAUAUUGGUCAAUGGAGGAAUGGUUUGUUUAAUGGGAAUGGUACAAUGAUGUGGCAAAAUGGGAAUAGGUAUGAUGGUUGUUGGGAAAAUGGUUUUCCGAAAGGGAAUGGUACGUUUAGGUGGUCUGAUGGUAGUUUUUAUGUCGGUGUUUGGAGUAAAGAUCCGAAAGAACAAACUGGUACUUAUUAUCCAUCUGGUUCUAGUGAUGCUCAUCUUGAAUGGGAUCCUCAAGAGGUUUUCACUGUUGAGUUGAUUGAAUGUAUGAUUUGUCCUUGUGAGGACAUUACGACAUAUCCUUCGGACAAGAUAUUGAAUUGGCCGGGUUUAGAGGAAGAUAAAGGAACAGAAAAACAGAUUCAUAAGAAAGGAACUCAUGGUAAUGGGAAGCCUAGACGGAGUUCAGCUGAUGGAAGGAUUAGUAAUCACAGCUCCGAAGGAGGUAGAAAAUCUGCAUUUGAUGAGUUGGGAGGCAAUUCUGUUCAAAGCUGGAAUAAAUCACCGCGGUUGAGAUUAAAAGCUCCUAAAAGACCGGGAGAGACUAUAUCUAAAGGGCAUAAAAACUAUGAGCUUAUGUUGAAUCUUCAACUAGGUAUCAGACAUGCUGUUGGAAGACCUGCUCCAAGUGCAUCACUUGACUUGAAGUCUUCUGCAUUUGAUCCAAAAGAGAAAGUUUGGACUAGAUUUCCACCAGAAGGAUCCAAGCAUACGCCGCCUCACCCUUCAUGCGAAUUUAGAUGGAAAGACUACUGUCCGGUAGUAUUCCGGGCUCUCAGAAAGCUGUUCAAAGUUGAUCCUGCUGAUUACAUGUUAUCAAUAUGUGGGAAUGAAGCUCUUCGGGAACUCUCAUCUCCUGGAAAAAGUGGAAGCUUUUUCUAUUUGACGAACGAUGACCGGUAUAUGAUCAAAACCAUGAAGAAAGCAGAAGUAAAAGUUUUUCUGAAAAUGCUUCCUGCUUAUUAUAAACACGUCCGGACUUUUGAGAAUACACUGGUCACAAAGUUCUUCGGCCUUCAUUGUGUAAAAUUAACAGGAAGUGCACAAAAGAAGGUUCGCUUUGUCAUCAUGGGAAAUAUAUUUUGUUCUCAAUAUGUCAUUCAUAGACGGUUUGACUUGAAAGGUUCGACGUUUGGUCGCACUACUGAUAAACCGGAGGCAGAAGUAGAGCCAACAACAACACUUAAGGAUCUUGACUUAAAUUUUAUAUUUCGAUUGCAGAAGUCUUGGUUCGAAGAAUUUUGCAGACAAGUUGAUAGGGACUGUGACUUUCUUCAACAUGAAAGAAUUAUGGAUUACAGUAUGUUGGUUGGUCUUCACUUUCGAGAUACAAGUCCUAGUGGCAAUGUCACACCUUGCGGUCGCAGUUCGGGAGCUCACACCCCAUCUGAAUUCGAUGAUGGAGGCCCCCGUCUUUCAGGAGUGGAUGCAGACCAUCUCAUCGUAGAUCCUAGUCGGUGGAUUCAAUUAGGUAUAAACAUGCCAGCGCGAGCCGAAAUAGCUUUGCGGAAAAGCACAUGUGAAAGUCCUCAGUUGGUUGGCGAACCAACCGGAGAGAUGUAUGAUAUUAUCAUCUUUUUUGGCAUCAUAGACAUAUUACAAGGCUAUGAUAUUAGUAAAAAGCUUGAGCAUGCUUACAAAUCAAUGCAAUACGAUCCAGCUUCAAUCUCGGCCGUUGAUCCAAGGCUAUACUCGAAACGCUUUCGCGAUUUCAUCUUCAGAGUUUUUGUAGAGGACACUUAAAAGGGUAUAGUUUUGAUGCUAAACAUUCAUCUUGCGGCAUGUGACCAUCCAUGUAUAGCUGUGACAAAUCGAGCGACUGACACAUUGAAUGGAGGGGCUAUAUUGCGAUAUGAUAGGCCGGCGAUGUUUCUAAAAUUCGUUGAUUUUUCGGUCUCCAAAAUGAGCUAUACUCACAACAAAUGUAUGUUGUAGACUUGUAGCUUAGAUCAAUGUUGUUCCAAAAUUGUAAAUGAAUCAACAAAAGGGAUAAGCAACAUUGGAAAUGAUUCAUUCUAUAGUCUCCAAAAUGAGACCUAUGGUUUUUGGUGCUGAAAAAAUGUACAAAUGAGGUGGUGCACAAUAGCUGUGUCAAAAAAAUGAUGAAUCUUGGGCAUGUUCCAUGAUGUUAUGGUUUUGUAUGUUCAAUGAACAUUACUUUUGUGUGGUAGGGAAUCAUUAUAAAGAUAGUCACAUAGUUUCACAUA